AUGGACAACGCACUCUCGGUGGGCGCUGUCAAAAGCCUGUGCCAGGAGAAAGGCACUUACAUCCAACCCCUACCGGCGUAUUCCCCCUGGAUCAACGGCCUGGCGAAAUCAGCGGUCAAGCACUUCAAGCGGGGGCUGCGCAAGCUUCAAGCUCGCUACGGCGACGACUGGCCGCGCUACUUCUACGACUUGCUGUUCGCUCAUCGAAUCUGCGUGCGGGGCGCCACCCUCUUCUCGGCGUUUCACAUGGUGUACGGCCGCCACCCGGUGCUCCCGGUGGAACGACUGUUCGCCCAGCGCUACAAAACCACUCUGGCGGCCACCGACGAGGAGGUCGAUGACGUCACUGGCCGCUGCCUGGAGGACAUUGUGGCAACACAGAGGCUUAACGCCCUACUCCGCGCGACCCGCCAGGCGCAGAUUUACCGAGCGGCGGCCUUUAACCAGGACGUGCGCCAGCAAAAGGCGAUCGAAGCCUUCAAGAAGCGCCAACACCGAGGCGUUUACCGCGCGUCCAACUUGGCGCCUGGCUACAAAGUCGUCAUGCGGAAGACCCGCAAACAACACCCGCUGGACCUGGGCUGGGAAGGGCCCUACCAAUUCGUCGGCUUCAUGGACGACAACGCGCAAGUCGCCAUCCUGGAGGACGCCAAUCAACUUUGCUGGACUCGCCACUCGAACAGCCCCCGAUCAGCAGGAUCCCUCCUGCACCAAUUACAGCACCCCACCAUGGCAGCGGCUAAAUGGCCCCGCACCUGGGUACCGAGCGAAGGAGAGGACCCCUUUUCCUGCGGCGGCACCAGCGAAACGACAUUUGGCCCAACGGAGGAGGAGAUUGCGACGGCCCAGAAGGCGGUGCCCCUGCUCUCCGUACCACUGCUGAAGCGGCGUGAAAUCGAAAUCCUUCGGGAAGUCUGCAGCAAGAUGGAGGGAGCCCCCGACGCGGCUCAGCUGAUGGCGAUGCUACCCAAGUACCGGGUGAUGCAGCUCGAGUUGGCGGCCGGUGAUGACCGGGUGAAGAACAAGCUGCUGCAGUUGUGGCCAGUUUUGGGCCUCACCAAAGUCUGUGCCGAUGUCCUGAUGGACCCCCCGGAGCGCGCGCGCGAGGCGUCAGAAGACGUCAUCAUUCCAUUCCAGGAGGGCCAGGCGGUGGACGAGGAGGCGUUGGAAGAAGGAGGCCCCGAAUUUGCAGCAGAGGAGGAAGUGCGGGAGGUCCCUCGCCCGGAGAUCCCUCUCGGCGGCACAGGUAGGGGGGACGAGUUUGAAGAAGAGUUGGAUCAGGCCAUCAGGCGCUCGCAGGCGCUUCAGGAGCAGGAGGCGGGGGCAGGAGCUGUGGCGGCCGCGGAGCCACGUGCCCAGGGCGUGCAGGAAGGCCGCGAAGCGGCCGCGGAAGGCGCCCCGGGUGCAGAAGGACCCCCCUCGACGGCGACCCCUCAGACGACCGCACUCCCGGCGGCCCCGCCGUCCACGGAGGCCCAACCCGCAGUCCAGCAGGUGGCUGCCCAGGGCGAAACCAUCCAACAGGAGCUGCGGCGGCUGGCGCAGCAACACCCCCUGGUGGACCCCCCGGAACGUGGCCCAAUCAUGGAGCAGACUGACGCCCUGCGGAAGGAGGCCGCUGACGUCUUCAGCCACACCGGUUACGCCAGAGAUUACGACGGCAAGAGGCGCGUCGUCCACACCGGCGGACAGCUUGAUGGAACCAUCGAAGGCGGGGCGAUGGAUUCCACCCACUCCCAGUGGCUCCAGGAACAGGGGUUGCACAUCCCCAUCUUCACCGACAGCGCAGGCCAAGACCGCCACGUCACCUGUGAGGGCGGCACGUGGCAGACGCUGGGCAACACCAUUCGCCACGCCCCCACCCCGGAGGAAUUCAACGGACGCUCCCGCAACUUCUACAACAACGGCAUUCUCGCCGCCGACAAAGUCUGGGUUGUGCCAGACCUAGUUGUCUGGUACAACGGGAGCGACUACGACACGCACGGCAUCAACUGCUUCCAGUUGGGCCGCGUGAAGACCUUCACCACCAACGGCGACGGGACCGUCGUCAAACUGCUGAAGACGCGCCCGUACGCUGACGCCAGCUCUGUCAUCACCGACUGGUUUGCCAACCAGUCUAAGAACCAGACCCCCGCGGAGGACUAUGGCCCGACCACCGGCAUCAAGUCCUACAACCUCCUCCCGGUGACGUCAGCCCUCCAGCUUCACAUCUUCCCCCGCUGGCGUCACCUCAAAAUCGACGUCUACGACCCGCGCCAGGAGGAAGCCCAGCCCUCCUUCUGCCAGCUGGCAUGGGACGCCCAAUUCGUGACGCGGCCGCACGACUUCGCCCCCGGCCACUACUACUUCUGGCUCAACUCCAUCGACUUCCAGAUGGCGGGUUGGAUGUGCCGCGGCAUCGCUGACGUCCCUGAUGGCGUCAUCGAGUUCCGCGCCCUACAACACCUCCCCAUCGACAGGUUCUUCGACGUCAUCGCUGCCUACCGGGCCCAGCCGGGCCACAACUCCCCUGAAGGUCACCAACGAGUGGUCUACAGCGAGUGGAUGGGCAACUAUCACCCCACUGCAGAAGCCGACUGGAGACCACAGAUGCUCCUCGCCAGCCGAUGCAACUCCAUCGAGUACUACAUGAUCCCCAACAACUCAGCCCCACUCUACCUCUCCCCGGUGGACCGCGCGCACACCGCCCCGUACGGGACCUGGGAGUACGUCUUCCGCCAGUACCACGUCAACCGCACGGCGCGUACGCGCUUUUUUGUUUACGACGAGGCGGUCGCCAUCCUCCGGAACGUGCCGCUGCCAGCUGGCGCCAUCAUCGGCUUGGGGCCGACGAGGCGGCCGCGCGCCCCUUACUGGUGGGCGCUGAACAGGCGUCUCUCUGACGUCAGGCUGCCAGGUCACCCCCUCCUCGACGGCGGCCGUGACGUCAAGACGCUGUACCCACUGGAGGCGCGACGUUACGUCAUGGACUGCCUCCGGAGGAACGCUGGCGCCUUCGACGAGCCAUCCGUUCCUUGGGCAUCCCCUGACACCUCCCCUAUGGCGGUGCGGCCCGCGACCGAGCGCGAGACGUCCCCCCGACGCGCUGCAGUCCGCGCGGCCGGCCCCAUCCACGACGUGGCGGCCGCUGAGGCGGACCCGACCGGCACGUCCGCUCGUCACCCGGCUCCCCCGGCGACGCGGCCUACCCCGCGGCGCCCUUCACGCCAGCCGCGUGCUCAGCCCCCCAUCAUCAGCGCCACUGUUACCCCUGACUUCGCCGCUGUCUUCGCGUCGAGCGCCGACACCGCCAACCCGAGAAACGCGCUCCAGGGCGCGCUCCUCCAACUCCUGGCGUCCGUUUCCGCGCUCUCCGUCACAAGCCCGGAUCCAAGGUGGGGCGACAUCCACCAGCUGAUCAGCCAGCUCACCGCCAUCCCCCUUCAAAACCCCUCUGGCAGGCCUGCGCCUUCGGGCAACCAGCCCAUCAUUUUGGGACUCUGCCAGCUCAUCCCUGCGACGACGCGCGUCGACUCCGGCUUGGCGGGCCAUCUGAGCGCCUUCCUUCAUCGCAUGCUGUCCGGAACGGCGACACAAGUUGGCGCUCCCCCUGCGCCCGGUCCCGGCGGCGGCGGCGGCGGCCUCCCCGCGACGAUCGCGGCCAAGGCGACCGCUCCACGAGGGAUCCCCCUCCUGGCCCGAGCGGCGGUGGCGGCGACCGCAGCGGCCGCGACCGGCGGUCUCCUGGCCCUGACGAAGGCCCCUCCAAGCGAAAGCGGUCUGAUGAAGGUCAGCAGGAGAGCGUCGAGCCACGUCAGCGUCGCCUCGAGCGCUCUCCUUCGCCUAGGCGCCCUGACAGGCGACCUCAGCGCCAACCGACGGCAGCCGCCCCCGAAUCAGCCUCAAGUCUUCAACAGGUCGCCUCCGCCCGGCCCUCACCGCAGCCCAGUCACCGAGGAGCGCCACCAGGCGACCAUGACGUCCCUGCGCAAAGCAGCCGCGGAGCCCCGCGUCUUCAAGCGCGGCAAGGGCGCUGAACACACCGUCGUGGCAUACGUCGGCCACAACCCCACGGAGUCUCAGUCGCGCACUCUGCGCCCCAACACCGUCGCCAUCGGACGCACCGUCAAGCACCACCUCCAAGCGUCCCUCAACAAUGGCGACUACGACCCCUCGAGCGCGCCCCCGAUGCGCUCCCCUUCUCCACAAAUGCUCGACCUCGAGAGGACGCCUAGUCCGCCACGUGUCGGCCUCGCGGAGCACUUCUCCAAGCUCCCCACCGUCCUGCAACACUUGAAGGACGGCACCUCUCCCCCGACGGCGCCAAGGCCACCGCGGCCGCCCGCGCCAAACACUCUGAAGGAGGCGAACGACGCGCUCCUCGUCAGCCAACUCACCAAGAAGACGUCAAAAGCAGCCCCAGCACCGGCGGCGCCAGCCCCACUUGCUGCUGACGUCACCAUCAGCCGUCCCGCCGAGAAGGCUCUCCUUACGCCUCCUCCGCCACCCAUGCCGGAGCACCUGGCGAAACCCUCCACGGCGGCCUGGCCUAAGUCCCUGAUCCCUGACGUGGCGCCCGCGGAGUCGUCAUCGCCACCCCGCGCGGCCGCU